AUGCCGCGAUUAACAGGUGACACAGGUCCUUGCGCCAGAUCACAUAUGGUCCCGACCAUAUGUCUAACCAACGGCUGCACCCACGGCCUCCACUCCACCUGCGAGUUGGCGCCCGACGCCGAGGGCGGUCCCGACGGCGUCUCCGGCACCCUGGAUUUCCUGCAGAAGACGGAGAGGGACCCCGUGCACGUGACGGGGGCUGUGUACGGCCUGACGCCGGGCAAGCACGGGUUCCACAUCCACAGCGCGGGCGUGGUGGGCGCCGACUGCUCCUCCGCGGGCGGCCACUUCAACCCCGACGGCUUCGACCACGGGGCCCCGACGUCCGACUUCCGACACGUUGGGGAUCUCGGGAACAUCGACGCCGACCUCAACGGAACAGCUGUUGUUGAUAUAAUGGACACGAUCAUUAGCCUGUACGACCUGGAGCGCAACAUCACGGGUCGCGCGGUGGUCGUCCACGCCCUGGAAGACGACCUGGGUCUCGGCGGCGACGAAGGUUCACUCGCUACUGGCAACGCUGGUGCUCGGGUAGCCUGCUGCACCAUCACUGAGAGAGGGUUCUAAGCUCUCCCUCUCUCUCUAUCUAUGUCUAUCUGUCUCUCUCUCUCUCUCUAUCUGU